GAUCUUGCUCUUUAAUCAUCAUAAUUAGUAAAUUUAAGUUUUAUUAUAUUUCUUAAUUCACUAGUAUUUAAAUUCUCAUUUAAAAAACAUUUUUACUUUUUAAAUUAAACUAAAAAUUGGAAACGACGAAAACUUCACAAAGGUUAAUAUGUUCUUCGAUUUUUGAUUGAAAGAGAUCACUUACAUCGAGGGCUUCCAGUCAGCUUGUUUUGCUGCCAGCAAGACCAUUUACAAAAAUAGUAAAGAAAAAGCGUCCAUAAACAAAAAGGAAUAAAGAGAAGAAGUAGAAAAUUUAGAAUUGAGGUUAUAUUGUUUACUUUGUUAUGUGAUAUGAGGUGUAUAUUUUGAUGUUCAAUUUUAUAUAUAUAUUUAAGGAUUUAAAGCUUAAAUAUUUUAGAUAAUUGUGUGAUUACAUUUAAAGAUGAGUUCUUUAAAAUUUUUAAUACAAAUACGAAAUCUGAAUUCAUUUUCCGCAUGCAUUACAAAACCACAUAGGAGUAUUUAUGUAAGAACAUAUCCAACAGUUUUAGCAAAUUCAGAUGGUUCUACUAUUACUAUUAGGUACCAAGAGCCAAGAAAACUUAUUAAAUUACCUCUAAAUAUAUGGACCUUAAGUGAAGCCGAAAGAAAAGCAAGACUAGAAGAUAGAAAACCAAAGAAAAAAGUUAAAAUUGUGGAUGAUAUUGAGGAUUCAUUUGAUUCAAAAAAAUAUUUAAAAUAUUUAAAAAAGAAAUAGUCCUGCAUUUUUAAUUAAAAAAAUAAAUAUUAUUAUUAUUAGUCAUUUUUACUUUAAAUAAAGGAACCAAAG